GUCAAACUUGGAACGACCCCGCAUGAGAAAUCCAUGGAAGUUCAGAUGUAUAUAUUGACUGCACCUGAACUUAAUUCAACGCAAGUUUUCCUGAACGGAAAACCACUCACCUCGGAAAUGCUGAAGGAAAAAAAUAUAUUCGAACCAAAAGUACGCAGGGCAAAAACAACAUCUCAUCUAUCUCUUUCUCUACCAGCAUGGUCUGUCGGUUUCUUCGUCUUGCCUGGAGCGAGAGUUCCAGUUUGUAUCGACCAAGAGAUAGAAACAAAACUGCUUCUCGAAGAAAUGGAAGAAAACCAAAACAUUCCUUUAUCUGAAGAAGUGGCUUUGAAAUUUGGUUCUAGAGGUUCAUUUGUUAAAAACCACGUAUUGGAUGAAAUGACUAAAAAAAUGAAGCAAGAGAUGAUGUCUGACGAACGAUACUAUAGUCAUCCAUCGCUAAAAUCUAGGUUGGAAGAUUCUGAGGAGAUGGAAAGUGCUAAAAAAGAGAAAAUAGAUGAAAGGGGAAGAAAGUUCUUCAUUGAUAGGGCGAAGCUGGCAGAGAAACAUAAGAAACAUAGAGACUUUGAGAGAAAGCGAGAUGAACUGAAAAAGUUUCUCAUGGAACGGUCGAAGACCGGUGAAACCAAACCAAAAAUGGAAUCGAAAGGUAAAGAAAUACACUUGACUAGUAGCGAAGUGGAAAAAAUCUUGAAGGACAGAGCAAGGGCUAGAGCUGCACGUAGAAAUAUUGUUUUCACCGAUGAGGAACUCAGAGCUCUGGUACACAAAGCUAGUAAAAAGUUUUACAAAGCCAGAAUAAAACGUUCAACUCCUUUUCAAAACAGAGCCAAAAGAGAUAUCAAUGUGAGAAUGUUAGAGAGAACCGUUCAACUGAACCCUUCCUGCGAAAAACUUACAGAAGGUCAGCAAUACGAUAAUGAGGAAAUAUCUCGUAAUUCUUUCGUGCGUGAACCUAGAGAUGUGAAUGCAAAACUGGUAGAGUUGAAGGCAAAACUAGCAGAAACUAAAAGCAAAUGGGAAGAUAAGAAAGAUGAGUUUCGAGGUAAUACAAAAAUGGCGAGAGAGUCCAUCAAAGACAGAAUACGAAAGCUAAAGGAUAAAAAACGUUUCAAAAGAGAUAUAAACAUGGAACUACUUGACGUUAAAUCAAAACCAACCAAGAAGAUGGAGAUGGAGAAGAGAAGACAAAAGAAGAAAAAAACUGAAAUGGAGGCAACAAUACGUGAACCAGGUCAAUCAAGUGCUGAGCUUCUCGAACAAUUGGAAUUUGAAAGAGGACAAUUAGAUAAUCACAGAAAACAACCUAAACAUGAAGUAUACGCAGAGUUGGCAGAUUCUGAAGACCUAGAGGCAGAGGAAUUUUUCAAAACAACACCGAAACCGAAAAGACUCAAAAUUUUUGAUAAAAAGUCCAAACUAGACCCGUUCGGCAUUCCGAACCCUUCUAUAGAUAUUGUAGAACCUCCUUUCAGGAGAUCGAAGAAAGGGAGGAAGAAAUCGAAGUCGAAAUCGGAUAACCUUCAGUUCUUGACUUCUUCAGAGGAGUUUUCGGACAUCGAGGAUGAUCUGCCAUGCAUUCACGAAUAUUUUGGCCCUGAAACGAAAUCAGAACGUAAGAAGCAUGGUAAUGUGAUGACAGAGUUGGGGGAAUUCAGUUCUGCUGAAAAACUUAAGAGAAAAAAGAAUAGAAAAACGAAAAACUUUUCCGAAGAAACAUCAUCUGAAGAAGAUUCCAGACGUCGAAAACGAAGUGUCUAUUUAGAGCCUUACAAUCCAAAUGAGUCAUCCGAAUCUAAGAGCAGACUGGAAUAUCUAGACUCAUUUUUGGAAAAGAUGAACUUGAAAUGUUCUGAAUGUGGUAAUCAACAAGAUUAUUCAAAUGAGAAAGGAGAUGAUGAUAGAAUAGAACGACCAAAACGAAGCUUAUACCUCAGAAAUGGUCUACAAAACCCCGCAGAGUUAAUCAGAGAUUUGAAUGAACAUUUAAGUGAGGAGGGAAGUGAAAGUGCAGAAAUAGAACGCCAAAAACGAAACGUAUAUCUCACGGAAGGAUCUCCCGAUUCUACAGAGUUCAUUGAAGGUGUGGAUGGAUAUACAAGAGCAGACAUCAAACUCAACGAGGAGUCAGAACGUUUCAAACGUGGUAUGUUUCUUGGAAAAGAAUCGAAAGAUUCCACAAAGCUGAUCAAAAGGGUGAAUGAACUGGAGACGUUAUUGGAAGAUUUGGAACAAAAAUAUAAGGAAUGUAUGUCGCAGAGAAAUGACCAGUUUGGAAUGAAAGCGUCCCAUUCAAGUAAAAAAGAACUAAAUAAUGACAUGACACCAACGCCAGAGUAUCCACUUAUUUAG